UUCAUAUAAAAACAUAAUUAUUUCAUUAUUUUUCAAUUAGUUAGAAUUGUUAAUGGAUCUGGAACACAACUACCAAACGUUAAAUUAAUUAUUUUAGAAUGUCAAAUUUACAAUUUUUAACAUUUUUCUGCUUAUUUACAUUCUCAUGGGCCAAUUCAUCCUUAAGUCCAAAUGCUGGUCCAAGAAUAUUUCAAAUGAAUCUUGAGACAUGUAAAGAGGAAGUUGGGGCAACAACAGCUGAUAUACAGGAUUUAUUGAAUAGACAACCACCAUCUACAGUAACGGGGAAAUGUUUUCGUUCCUGUCUUAUGAAAAAAUAUAAAGUUAUGGACUCUGAUGGAAAAUUUGAUAAAAUGGCUGCUUUAGAGGAGGCCCGAAAAUUAACCAAUGGAGAUGUUAGCAAAAUGCAAUUAGUCCAGUCUUUGCUAAACGCAUGCAGUGAAAUUGAAGUUUCUUCUGAUGAUUGUGAGGCAGCAGCCGAGUAUGGUCACUGUUUUAGGGAACAACUCAAAGUUUUUGGAUUACCACAACAUUAAUACAAAAAAGAAAAUUCCAGAAUAUAUGUAUAAUUGAUAAACCGUAAAUAAAGAGUUAAGUGUUUUAUAAUGUCAAACCUGGGGCCGAAUUAACGCGCUCGAAUCAAAAUAUUCUAGGCUCAAAGCUCGAUAAUAAAUGCCAAUUUACACGGUCAUGAAUACAGUUUUUCGGUCUGAAGCAGAAUUUUCGAGAAAAAUAAUUUAUUUUAUUCAUGGUCAUUGUGACCUAUGACCUGUCUAUAUCAAACAAUAACUGAUUUUUGUAACUUAGCUUUUACAUUUUCCAUUUAAUUGCGUUAAUGUAAUGGGAGACAUUCCCUAUUUGAAAGUGUUAACUGUGAGUAAUGACUAAUGAAUUUAUAAUAAGAGCAAAGAACCUAAAAACUGAGUUAUAUUUAGAUUUCUUUCGAAAAAUCCUUAAUGUCACUAUGAAACAAACUCUAGCAAUUUGUUUUUUGUUUAUUGUUAUUGAUAUUGUUGUUGUUAUUGUUUUUGUUAUUGUUGUAUUUAUUUUUAAUCAUGGAAAAAUAUUUUAAAUUUAUACUUGUUUACUUCAUAUUUUAUGCACCAUUUCCAUUUUAAUCUUUCUACGAAGAGUUUGGUUUGUUGGUUGGAUUUUCUGUUGUUGUUUUUGUUUUUAUAUGUACGUUCAUUCUCAUCUUGAGUAAAAAUUAA